UUUAAUCUUACCAUAUGAAAAUUGCUUUGAAAAAAUUUGAACUAUGAACCUAAACAAUAACAGGGAAUUCCCCCUGUCAUACCGCGGGCAGGGGCACCAAAUCGUUCUCCAGGACAUCUCGCCCAACGAGGGAACUGCAGAACUGUGAAAAUAAUGAAAGGCCUCGAUUCUGCGCUGAACUUCGCAGGUUGCGCUGCAAUUGCUGCGUUAUCCUUAAACGGGUGUUUGAUAUUAUACAGACUAUAUCGUCGGAAACAUAUCAAAGAUAUUUGUCAAGAAUGUGGAAAGUCAAAUGCAGAAUUUUGCAACGUCUUAUUCUUUCCAGAUAAGCAAAUUCCGUGUUUCAAAUAUGUGUUGACACCACAGGGCUGCUCCAGGAAGUCUUGUCUUCAUUCACACAAUGAAAAGUCAUCUUUCAUUCAGUUGAUCAGAUAUAUUCUUCAGGCAAAAAAGUCGAUUGAUCUGUGUAUGUUCAGUCUCACAUGCCAUGAGCUAGCAACUGCUGUUUUAAUAAAGUAUCGACUUGGAGCAAGAGUUCGGGUCAUUUCUGAUACAGAAUAUAUGAAUAUGAGUGGAUCAAAGAUACAAACUUUCAUGGAAGAAGGAAUCGCGGUUCGGCACGACCGUUCGUCCUAUCUCAUGCAUCAUAAGUUCGUGAUAAUUGAUGAAAAAAUAGUUAUAACUGGAUCUUUUAAUUGGACACAUGCAGCUGUUAUAGGAAAUUAUGAGAAUGUCGUUGCUACCAACAACCAAAAAAUCGUUCAACCGUACAUAGGUGAAUUCGAUCGUUUGUGGGAACUAUUCGAUGCUGAACAUGACGAACAAGGAAAAACCGUUAUCAGGAAUAAUCUGUUAGGAAAAGGUGAUAUGUACUAUCACAAGUGAUUCUGAUAAUGCGUAGCAACGAGAGUGGUAUCACUAUAAGGAUAUUCCUUGCGAUUACCUCUGUUUUGUUCACGGCAAAAUGAUAUUUUCUGACUGCCAAUCAGAAAGGGUGGCUUGAAUGUUUUUUUAGAAUCUCUCGUCAGACUAAAUUUUAAUUGCAAAUGUAUAUAUAUACCUCGUCAAUGUGACAAACGUUUUCAAUACAAUGCCAACUUCUGGUAAUCGUUUUGAAGCAGAAAAGAUGCUCAACAAAUAUUGCCCACGAUGUACCGGUUUAGUUACAUUAAUUCUAUUACUGUACAAAUUCGACUUUAUGGAUUCGAAUUAAAUUCCCCCCCUUUUCGGUACUUUACGUACCGGUAACUGUUUUCCAAUUGUACUGACACGUACCGAUUCUAGAACUAAAAGCACUAGAGUUUAAUUUGAAACAAGCAAGUCUUGGCAUCUCCGAAAUUUCCGACAGCAUUGCUCUUGAUUUUUUUCAAAUGUCUAACCAUUAGCUUGGUUUGAAAAAAAAUGCAUAACAAAUUCAAGGUUUGAAUAAGAAAAAAUUCUACCUAAUGAUAAAUAGAUUUUUCGAUUCGUUUUACUAGGUGAAUCGUUAUAAUUUUUAUGACUUUUUUUGUCUCCUGUAAUUGCAAACAUGCCAAUGUUAAUAUCCGGCAGGUGAUUGGCAAUGUGUUUAGCAAAACAUCGUCUUUUGUUUGAGAAUCGAACGAAGAAAUGGCAUCGAAAUGAUUGUUUAUCACGAUCAAAAUAUUCGCUAUUCAUAAUCUUGAUUUCGACUUCCUUUCGUGCCUCGUCCCAACGAUCAUUAAUUCCGUCGUAUUGUGCGGAAUGACUUGCAAAAAUAAAUAGAACAAACAUAGAUUGUGUACGGGAUUAAAAAGGCUACGGCCAUUUUGCUUUCCGAAAAUUACCCGGAUUUUUGUUUUUAAACGGUUUAAAAAUUUGUUUUAGCGUUACACGAGAGAAAAUAAUGUCGGACGGAGAUAUGCUUUGACCUUCUGUUAAAUUUUGGUAAUUUUCUGCACAUAAUAUGAGACUGUGAUGAAUCGUGUUUACAGAAUUUUAUUUGAACCUAAACAAUUAGAUAUUAUUUAAAACCAUUAGAAAGUUAUUACAUAAGGGGUGAACCGGAAAGAUUCUGGGUGUUCCAUUGUAUAAAAUUUACAUACACAUCAUGCGACUCUUUUGCAGUAUCUUAUCCGAAGCGAAUAUGUGGAACGCCUCCAAAUAAAUAAAUUUUAUUUGCACCCAUAAUGUAAGACGAUGGAUAGGUGAAAUAAAACGUGAGAAUUGAUUAAUUUAAAGUGUUCAAAUCGCCAUUCAUUCAAACUCGCGCUUGCGCUUAUUUAGAUUCCGAACGAAUUUGCCGACUCUGCAUGAUUUCUAAUUUUUCAUCAGGCUUUUCGAAAUUGAAAGUAAUUAUUUUAAGUAAUUAAUCAUUGUUACACAAUAAUUAUAGUUUAAAAUACCACGUCUUGCCAGCUGGUAAACUUUUAUCUCUGACAAACGAAAAUUAGGAAUAGUGUAAUGCUGAUUAUUCAAAAAUUAAUAUUUCGUCCUGGGGUGGAAUGUAACCUUUGAACCGGACUGUGCAUUGGAUUUGUAGAAUAAAAAUACAUCUACUUGUGACAAAAUGGCAACAAAUGUGUCUAUAUUUUAUAGUAAUAAUUUUUGUCUUAAUUAUGGCCUGCUCCAAAUUACUACGAAGUUAGGCAGAAUUUGGUUCUAUUCUGGUCUGGAAAAAAUGCUAACUCGAUUUAAUAUUUCUAGUGUUUUUUAGGUAGAAUGUUGCAUUUUUAAAAGUAAAUUCACAUUCUUCGUUUUAAAAGUUUUCAAAAUAUCAGUACACUUUCCUUAGCGUUAUUUUCAUUCAGUUUUCAUAUUUUUUUUUUGCCUAGACACAUAAAGUGGAUCAGGGAUCCUGCCCUUUUCUUUAGUUCAUUACUUGAUUUUCUUUUUUAAUAUUGCUUCAGCCACUUUCGUUUUAAUAUUAAAAUGAGAAAAGUAA